CAUCUUAGCCAGACAAACAAACAAAAAGGAAAGAAAAUUCAUCUAAGACUCGAAAAGAACUCUCCCCUCUCGAUUUCUACAACAGAGAUCACUGUAGUCAUCAUCUAAUUAAAUCUCCUUCUCACUGUGUGAAGGCUCUCUCCAUCGUCUCUCUCGAUCUAUUCUCUCCACGGCCUUCAUCGUCUCUCUCACUGUAUUGAGAUUUGUAUGUCUGGAAGAUAGGAAACGGGCACUUGUGAGCUGGUUGCUUCAGUACGCUCUUGUACACCAAGUCUUGGCAAUUCCAUAUGAUCAUAUUGUCAUUAACUGCACCUUGGAAGGCAAACCAUAUCUGCUGUAGCUGCUUGUUAUUAUAGUCCCUCCUAAUUAUGGUUUUGCAAUCACAGGAUAUAGAAAACACAAACUCUCUGGAUUCUCUCCCCUCUCGCUCUAUUUCGUAAUUCGAUUCCUUCAUUGGUUGAUUAAGUACUGCAGAUCUACAUUAUCCUCUGUCAGCGAAAGGCUUAAAAAAACUACUAUGGAAACAGUGAAAAAAAGAGGCAGAACCGGAUAUACAGAAGAUGCACGUGCUAGACAAUCAGAUGAUUGUUCAGAAUCAAAUCCUGAACUUGAGCUUACUCCUGAUCCUGCUAGCAAUGGAAAAAAGGCUGUAAGAGGUAAAACUACAUUGCAGGUCAUUCCAACGGGAGAAUCUAAUCGACAAUCUGUUGAGUGGAAUGAAAGAGGACAACCUGUUGGGGAUUUUUCAAAAAGGUUUAGCUCAACUGUUGGGGUUUUAGUAAGAGAGACUGUGCCGAUCAACAUACAAACUUGGCCUGCUGUGGAUGAUAAAACGAAGAACAGCAUCUGGGGUCUUUUGAUGCAAAAAUAUGUGGUGGAUCUUACUCAUAAGACAUUUAUCUUACAACAAAUGGGAAGGCUAUGGAGAGCUUGGAAAUCUGAUCUCUCAACUAACAUCAGGAUAAUUGUAGAUAGUAGACGCACUAAGUCAGAAACUACAAGGCUACUUAGCAUUCUUAAGCCAUCUGAUGUGCCACUAAAAGAGUGGGAUGAGUUCGUGGCAGAACGUAGUUCAGAGUCAUGGCAAGAAAAGAGUGAGAAAAUGAAAAAAAUAAGAGCAAAACAGACUUUAACACACACAAUGAGCCGAAAAGGUUAUGCAAGGUUGGAAGAUGACUAUAAAAAGGAAAAUCCUGGAAAAUUGUUGAGUAGGGCAGAAUUAUGGAUUAAAGGACACGAGCAGAAGAAGUCAAAAAAUGAACAUGUGGCUGCCAAAAUUAUUGAGAUACAAGCUAAACUUGAUGUGCAACCGCCUAGUGAAGGUCAUAUUCCUGUAAAAUAUGAUAUAUUGAGUCAGGUUCUUGGUAAGGAGCGUCCUGGUCGUGUUAGAGGUCUGGGAUCAGGGGUUACACCUUCAAAGGUAGAUGCUCAACUAGAAAGUAGCUCAUGGAAACAAACAUUAGAGAAUAAAAUUGAUGCAAUGAGUGAGCGUACAAAGCUUCUGGAGGAUAUAAUUUUAAAGAUGAGCCAAAAUGGGCAUGGUGGUGGUGGUGAUGGUGAAAAUAUGCAUGCUGAUCCUGUUGGUACUCCUCAAAAUGGACAUGGACAUGGUGAACCUGGUACUGGAAAUUCUAAGUCAGGACAAGAUAGCACCCAACUUUCUAUCAAUGAUAAAUGCAAGUUGCUAAACUGGGAGGGUACAAGUGAAGUAGUGGCUAGAGGACACAUUUCUGAUAUUCACCCAGAAUCAAAAGUGCAUGGCUACAAACUUGGACCUGAUUGUUAUAGAAUUGCUAUUGAGGAAGUUGUCAUGCCUGAUGCUGUAUUCUAUCGAAGUCAGCCCGAAUUUGUGACUAUGGAAGAUGCACUUGGAAGUACUGUUGCUUGGCCGAUUAAGUACAUUCUUUGUGACAAUUGACAUAGUAUAGGCAACUAGCUCUUUUUUGGACA